CUGAAGUUUCCAGAAUCCAGAACAUUAGUGAAGGUGUGGCCCGAGGUCAGCCCCGCCUCAUCCUCUCCGGCGGAAGUUUCGGGGAAGCUACCGGAAGUCUUCGUGAGUGGGGCGGGGCCUGUGCAGCGGCACAGUGGGAUCGAUAUGGCUACCGAGGGAGAUGUGGAACUGGAGUUGGAGACUGAGACCAGCGGCCCGGAGCGGCCUCCCGAGAAGCCACGCAAGCAUGACAGCGGUGCAGCGGACCUGGAGAGAGUCACCGACUACGCGGAGGAGAAGGAGAUCCAGAGUUCCAAUCUGGAGACGGCCAUGUCCGUGAUUGGAGAUAGACGGUCCCGGGAGCAGAAAGCCAAACAGGAGCGGGAGAAGGAACUGGCCAAAGUCACCAUUAGGAAGGAAGAUCUGGAGCUGAUAAUGACAGAGAUGGAGAUCUCAAGAGCAGCUGCAGAACGGAGCUUAAGGGAACACAUGGGCAACGUGGUAGAGGCUCUUAUUGCCCUGACCAACUGAUUUGUGCUUUCUCAGACCCACUCAUUGGAUUAUUUUAUUUCAAUAAAGAUGUAGCCUUUUUUUUC